AGAAACCAACUGCACUGUCGAAAAACUGCUUUUACAAUUUCCACGUGAUCUUCCUUAGGCGCAAGCUAACGUCAUCAAACAGAGACGCCUUGUGUUGGCUGAGCUGUGAAGGAACGUUCGGAAAAGUAGGUUCUUGCCGGCUGACGGAAUACCCCAAGGCGGACGAUGAACUGUAAAGUGCGGUGUAGAACCGUGAUCUAAAGAUAGUAUGAACGUUGGACGGAAUGGGGGCUGCUAAACUCAGGAGGAGAAUCAGUUAUGUGCCUUGUGCUCUCUGAAGAUGAGGAUACCAAAGCUAGCCAGCGCUUUCAUUUUUGUGGGCUGUGUAGUAGCCUACUUCACAUAUGUAAAGUGGCAUUUUGAUGGUGUUAAGCCAGCACUUCACAAAGCACCAAACUAUGUCCCCGUCAGAGACUAUGAUAGCAGUGAACCAGCCCCCGAAGAACCCGAGAGCAGACACUUUCAGUACGGCAUCAUGUUUGAUGCAGGGAGUACAGGGACAAGGAUUCAUGUCUUCAAGUUUCUGUUUAAGGAACACGAAGCCCCCAAAUUGGCACAUGAAACAUUCAGAGCAAUAAAACCUGGGCUAUCUGCAUAUGCUGAUGAUCCAGAUAAGUGUAGAGAGGGUAUACAACAAUUGUUGGAGGUGGCCAAAGAGAGCAUCCCAGUGCUCUUAUGGGAGAAGACACCUUUGGUGCUAAAGGCCACUGCAGGGCUGCGCCUACUGCCUGGAGAAAAGGCUACUCACCUGCUGGACAAGGUGAGGAAUGUCUUUGAAGAGUCUCCAUUUCUGUCUAGACCAGACGGUGUUUCCAUAAUGGAUGGCACUGAUGAAGGUGUUUCGGCAUGGAUCACUGUCAACUUUUUAAUAGGGAGUCUCCAUGGCUCAGGACAGCCCACUGUAGGCAUGCUGGACCUGGGAGGGGGCUCCACCCAAAUCACCUUCUCAGCACAGGAUGAGAAAACCAUUCAGACCUCUCCUUUUGAUGACAUCACUUCAUUUCAGAUGUUCAACAGCACCCAUACGCUCUAUGCACACAGCUACUUAGGGCUGGGACUCAUGUCAGCAAGACUUGCCAUCCUGGGCGGAAUUGAAGGAGAGCCUUAUGGCAACCAAGAGCUGGUUAGUCCAUGUCUGUCUCCUGAGUUUACUGGCCAGUGGGAACAUGCUGAAGUACAAUACAUAGUCAAAGGACAGAAAGCAGGUGAACCCAUGUACGAGUCCUGCUAUAAGAAGGUGGAGAAGGUGUUGUACAACAAAAUUAAAAAAGCAGAAGAGGUCAAAAAUAUGGAUUUCUAUGCCUUUUCCUACUAUUACGAUAGAGCAGUCGACAUUUCAGCAAUUGAUGAAGAGACAGGUGGCACUAUAGAAGUAAAUAACUAUAUAGAUUCUGCCAAAAGAGUAUGCAGUAUCAUGGAAAUCACUCCAGGAGAACAUCCUUUUCUCUGCCUGGACCUCACCUAUUUAUCACUCCUACUGCAAGAGCUGGGUUUCCCAAAGGAGAAAGUGUUAAAGCUGGCGAGGAAGAUAAAUGAUGCCGAGACCAGCUGGGCACUGGGAGCCACUUUUCAUUACCUCGAGUCCUUGCGUAGACAAUAAAGCAGCCGCCAUUGUCAACGCUAACGAGGGGAUGACUCGUCUUCCUCGGUUCCAGUGCGUGUUGAACCGACUUGGGAGUCUUCACAGCAGCUGUUGGCUUUGUUGUUAACUUUGUUGGAAUGCUAAAGUGAGGUCCUUCUCCAUAGAGGAGUUUCCUUUCUUUGGGCAUUGUUAAACUCUGUGAAGGUCUGAAUGUGUGCUGUGCUUUGUAUGCUUGAUCUAUUUUUCUAACACAGCAAAUAUUGUUUGAAUAAGAAUGACUACAUAGAUUUCACUAAUGUGAUUAGCUGAAGGUACGAUACGGGUUUUUUUUUUUCCCCCGGGGGGUGCUCUGGUUUCUACAGGUUGGUACUUUGAAUACAGUAUUGGAAAUAAGACAUUGUCAUAUUAUGGAUUCCAAAGGAAGUAGUCCACUAUACCUUUUUUCUAGAUACAGCUGGUGCAUAUUCUCUCUCUACUUUCUCCUAGGAUUCUGGUGUCUUUUAGUCAUGAUCUUUUUUAAGGCUAUACCGACAUACUGGAAUGUGAUUUAAGACAGGAAUACCCUGCAGGCGUUCUGUUUUUCUGGCCAAAAUACAUUAUGUUGCUGCUCCUGAAGGAACAGAGAAAACAUUGCAGUAUAACAUACUUAUCUAGAGCAGACAUGCCACCUUAGACAUUGAUUCCAGAGAGGUGGAUGCAAGUAAACCAGCUGGGGGUUGACUGGGGGUGGCAGCAACAUUUGCACAGCUUUUUGCCUGUUCCUCUGUUGAAUAGCAGACUGACUUAAGAUCAUUUAUAAUUGUCUGCGGACAAAUUUCUGGGACAUUGCACAUCAUUAGCCGGUGUGAGGGAGUUGCUGUCAAUUUCCUGGAGACUCAGGAGAGGUGGGAUGCCUGCUGAAUGGUGAAUGGUGUUGGCAUUAUAUUGUGACCUGUAAAUCACAGGGAAUAUGUCAUAUUGUGUGAAUUAGGGGUGGUUUUUUGGCUCAACUCAUGAACAAGAGCCAGCUCUUUCCAUACCCAAAUAGCUCUUUGGUCACCCAUUCCCAUUUAAAUAGAAUACUCCAUAUUUAUCACAGUAUUGUUGUUUUAAAAACUCAUGUAAACAGAUUUUGUGCAUUCGAAUAAAUUGUACACUAUGUGCACACAGCAACUAAAA